GCGAAGAAAGAGAGAGAAGAGAGAUGGAUGGCGGAACGCGGCCGUCAUUGUCCGCCGCUGUCGCCGUUGUCGUCCUGGUCUCGACGGCCGUGGUCGCGGCUACAUCCGUCAACGUGACGACCCUGGCGUUCGACGAUGGAUACGCCCCGCUCUUCGGCAAAGGCAACCUCGUGCGGUCCGCGGACGGCAGGAGCGUCAGCCUCCUCCUCGACCGUUACUCCGGAUCGGGAUUUAUAUCGUCGGAUAUGUAUCACCAUGGACUCUUCAGCGCCUCCAUCAAGCUGCCAUCGGAUUACACGGCGGGAGUGGUGGUCGCCUUCUACACGUCGAACGGGGACGUGUUCGAGAAGAGCCACGACGAGCUCGACUUCGAGUUCUUGGGGAACAUCCGCGGCAAAGAGUGGAGGGUGCAGACCAACGUGUACGGCAAUGGGAGCACCAGCCGCGGAAGGGAGGAGCGCUACUAUCUCCCCUUCGAUCCCACCGCCGACUUCCACCGCUACUCCAUCCUCUGGACUGCUGACAACAUCAUCUUCUACGUCGACGACACCCCUAUCCGCGAGGUGCGGCGGUCCGAGGCCAUGGGCGGCGACUACCCGUCGAAGCCCAUGUCGCUGUACGCCACCAUCUGGGACGCGUCAAACUGGGCCACCUCCGGUGGCAGGUACAAGGUCAACUACAAGUACGCCCCGUUCGUGUCGUCGUUCGCCGACCUCACCCUCCUCGGCUGCCGCUUAGACCCGAUCCAGCAGGUGCCGACGACCCGGAGCGGCUGCCCCGCGGCGGCGGCUGAGAUUGCGGCCACCGGCCUAGCAGUCAUGACCCCGGAGAAGCGGCGGGCCAUGCGCGCCUUCCGGAGGCAGUACAUGAGCUACUCCGUCUGCUACGACCGAGUGCGGUACCCGGCGCCGUUCCCGGAGUGCGACAUCGUGGAGACGGAGAAGAAGAGGUUCGGGGAGACGGGGCGGUUGAGGUUUCGGAGGCACCGCCGGCGUGUGCCGCGCGGCGGCAGGGUAGCUCUGCCGAAGCCUUCUACUGCUCCUCUUUUCUAUUCAGUUGGAAAGGGUAGUGCUGCUGCUUACCUCUCCUCUGGCGCCGCUACUUCCUAUUUCGGAGUCGGAGACUGCUCGGCCACCUCCUGCCCUCACAAGAACCUCGCCUACACUACCAUGGUGGUCGUCGUCCUCGCAACUGCUCCCUGGCCAGCGAUCUCUCCUCCUCAUUCCCACAUCUCACUUGAGCGAGAAGUACUGCUGUCGCUAUCCUUGUUGCACAACCUCGUCGAGGUGCUCGACGUCGACAUUGCUUACCCUAUUUCGUAG